GGGUUAUGUUCAAUACCUGCUAAUUGCCUCAUUUUCUUCAAGAAUCACCAAGGUUUUAUCAGCUUUGGAAAUGAUGUUGAACUGAUUUCAACCAUGCUUUCUUGCACGCCAGCCCUGGUUAAAUUUUAUUUAAACAAAACACCAGAAUGGCCGAAAUUAUGUUUAAAGUAACAGUUAUAUGGCGGGGGAACAAAUUUAUUGUGGGAAUGAACACUGAUGCUUCUGUCAAGGAUCUAGGGGAUGAACUUCAGAAGUUGACAGAUAUCAGGGCAGAUACCAUGAGACUUAUUGUUCCGCGAUUUUCUAACAAAAGCUCAAAGCUGCUGUUUCCUUUCUCGGAUGAACACUCACAGCUCAGCUUGCAAGAAGCUUCCAUUAUGGAGGGAAAGUUUAUCAGAAUGUUGGGAGUGUCUGAAGAUGAAGUUGAUAAAGUUCUACAAAAUGCCAAGGUUGACCUGAGGAUCGCUGGAUUUGAUGAAGAGGAAAAGAGAAUGAGGCAGCGAAUGUCAGAGAAACCUUUUGGUUUGCUUAAACUUCCACAAGGACCUUAUAUCUUUUGUGAUUUUCGCACACUUCAAAUUCCUGGAGUUGAGCUGAACCCCCCUGCUUCAGAGGCUUUGAAAAGGAUGCAUAUGCUUGCUGCGGAUCCUGGAAUUGUUGCUAUAAUGAACAAGCAUCGUUGGCGCGUAGGAAUUAUGACUGAGAUGGCCCCAGUUGGUUAUGUUGGUGUGAGUCCCAAAUGCAUUCUUGGUUUCAAUAAGGAUCUUGGAGAGGAGAUAUCUCUCCGUCUUCGAACUGAUGACCUCAAGGGUUUCAGGAAAUAUGAAAGCAUCAAGAAAACUCUUCUGCAUGAACUUGCUCACAUGCUGUACUCAGAACAUGAUGCGAACUUUUAUGCUUUGGAUAAACAGCUUAACCAAGAAGCUGCUAGUUUAGAUUGGACUAAAUCAAGGGGGCAUACCUUGAGUGGAGUCAAUCAUCAAGACCAGUACAGCGAAGACUUCUAUGUUUCAGACAGUAGAAGCUCCUCUGUUAAGCUCGGGGGAAACGUGUCUAAUCAACUGGCCGGUGCCCGUGCAUCUUCUGUGGCUGCUGCUUAUCACCGUUUAGCAGAUGCCUCUUCCAACAGUUUGGGAGCCUCUGAAGUGCAUGAAGAACCUGACCCAGAUGAUUCAAUUUUUAACAUGCAUAAAGAACCUGAUGUCAAGGGUCAGGUAGAAAAAGGAAAGUUAGAUAUUGAAAAUCUAGAUAAAUCUUUGUGGAAACCUCACCAUCAGCCUGUUCCUGAUGAACAUCCUUUCAAUCAAAACAAGAACGAACCUGAUCCUGAUGAUUCUCAAGGUAAUGACCAUGAGGUGAUGGACCUCUUGAAUGGUGGGAUUCGCCCUGACAAAAACAUUGAUGAACCUGAUCCUGAUGAUUCUCAAGGUAAUCACCAUGAGGCAAUGGACAUCCUAGAUAUUGGGAUUUACCCUGACAAAACCGUUGAUGAACCUGAUCCUGAUGAUUCUCAAGGUAAUCACCAUGUGGUGAUGGACAUCCUGAAUGGUGGGAUUUGCCUUUGCCCUGACAAAACCAUUGAUGAACCUGAUCCUGAUGAUUCUCAAGGUAAUCAGCAUGAGGCGAUGGACAUCCUGAAUGGUGGGACUUGCCCUGACAAAACCAUUGACGAACCUGAUCCUGAUGAUUCUCAAGGUAAUUACCAUGAGGUGAUGGACAUCCUGAAUGGAGAUAUUCGCCCUGACAAAACCAUUGAUGAACCUGAUCCUGAUGAUUCUCUAGUAACCGGAAGCAUUGAAGACCAGUUCCAUCUAAAAAAAGCUUAUAAAGAACCUGAUCCUGAUGAAUCUGAAACAAAUAAGGUUGUUCAGGCUGAGCCCAAUCCCGAUGAUGAUUUAGCAGUGUCACAUGAAGUAUCUAGGAUGCAAAUUGAUGAACCAGAUCCAGAUGAUGAAGAACUACGGAGAAUCCAAGAUCCUGUUAGUGUUAUCUGCAGCCGCCUACAGAAGGCUACUGAGACACUGAGAGCUGAAUUGAAGUCCACAGAAGCAACAGCAGCUUUGCAAACUCUUCUUAAGAUAAUUAGGAAUGUGAUCGAACACCCAGAUCAGUCGAAAUUCAAAAGACUCAGAAAGGCUAAUCCCAUAAUCCAGAAAAAUGUUGCCAGUCACCAAGCUGCGGUGGAAAUUGUUCAUGUGGUUGGAUUCAGUGAGGAAGUUAGUUAUGAUGAAACUGGGAAGGCUGAUACUUACCUAGUGCUGAAGCGGAAUGAUCCAGGCUUGCUGUGGCUUGCCAAGUCAACCCUUGAAGCAUGCAUGGCCUAGAAGUCAAAUAAGUGUGGAUCUGUGCAAGAAGAAUGAUACUGAAUAAACCCAGAUUGUUGGGGAUACCCUGUAUAAAUUUGUGUGUUGUGUGUAUCAAAAUUACCUCCAGGAUUGUACUCUGGAUUUCCAAGCGACAUAAAUUGUGAAUAAAGCCCCCAUGGAAGUUACCGAGGCCAGAACUUAAUGCUGGAACGAUUUUAUGGAUCUUUCACC